AUCAAAAUGGAUCGUUUGCGAAGAAAUGGAAGUGGUGAUUGGUCUGAGCUAAGCGUUGGGAAGGGAGGAAGUAAGACGGCAUAUUUGGUGUGGGAAGAUCUGAAUGUUGUGACAACAAACUUGAGGAAUGUUUCUCCUAGAAAACUGCUAAAUGGGCUGAAUGGAUUUGCUGAACCUGAUAGAAUUAUGGCUAUAAUGGGUCCUACUGGAUCUGGCAAAUCCACAUUACUUGAUGCAUUAGCUGGUAUGUCUUCUCUCUCUCUCUCUCUCUCCAAGUUAUACUGGGAUGACCCAUUUGUUAUGGUUUUCUUUUAAUGGGAUUUGAUUUUGCGAUUCUAUUCCUAGUUGCCAGGACAAUAUACUUGUUA